AUGGACAGAAAUAAUAACAAUGAAAACCACAGAAUGAGAUACUCCAUCAACAAGGACGACUUGUUGCUAAUGGUGUUGGCUCUAUUCAUCGCUCCAGUUUCCGUGUGGAAGCGUAAAGGCUUUUUCAGCUGGGAUUCGUUACUCAACGUGCUUCUAUUCUUUCUGCUAUUCUUCCCUGCCAUUAUUCACGGCUGCUACGUUGUGUAUGAAACCAGUGAGGAGCGCUCUUACGAGCGCUCCUCUUCCGUGAAUCGUGAUUUGGAAGCUCAACCUGAGGCUUCAUCUGAGGCACAACCUCCAGCUUACGAUGAGGAUGCCCACGCUGGUGCCGAGGUGCCCUUACUGGACAAUAAGCAAUCACAACCAUAA